GAGCGUGUUCCCUCCGCAACCCACCUCAAAACACUCACACGAGAUACCCUUUUCUUCCUGUACACAUAGCAUCUUUGCUUAUAUAGCUCGAGAUGUUUGUCUUCAAGCGUGAUGGACGCAAAGAGCGCGUGCAGUUCGACAAGAUCACAGCACGAGUAUCAAGGCUGUGUUACGGCCUUGACCCGGAGCAUGUUGAUCCCGCUGCUAUUACCAUGAAAGUCAUUUCUGGUGUCUACCAUGGUGUCACCACGAUCGAGUUGGACAACUUGGCCGCAGAGACCGCUGCGUACAUGACCGUCACUCACCCGGACUACGCCAUCCUCGCUGCACGUAUCGCCGUGUCCAAUCUCCACAAGCAGACGAAGAAGCAAUGGUCUGCCGUUGUAGCUGACCUAUACAACUACAUAAACCCCAAGAAUGGCAAGCAUCAGCCUAUGAUCUCAAAAUCAGUGUAUGAGAUUGUCCAAAAGAAUGCCGAAGACCUGAACUCUGCAAUCGUGUAUGACCGCGAUUUCAACUACCAGUUCUUUGGCUUCAAGACUCUCGAACGCUCAUACCUUCUCCGCAUUGACGGUAAGGUUGCCGAGCGUCCGCAACACAUGCUCAUGCGUGUGUCUGUCGGCAUUCACGGCGAGGACAUCGAGAAGGCAAUUGAGACAUACAACUACAUGUCAAGCAAAUACUUCACACAUGCGUCUCCCACGCUUUUCAACGCCGGUACGCCGUCGCCUCAGAUGUCGUCCUGCUUCCUUAUCGAUAUCAAGGAUGACAGCAUUGAGGGUAUCUAUGACACCCUCAAAACAUGUGCCAUGAUCUCCAAGACCGCUGGCGGUAUUGGCUUGAACGUACAUCGCAUUCGUGCUACUGGCUCAUACAUUGGUGGUACCAACGGCACAUCGAACGGUCUCAUUCCCAUGCUUCGGGUCUACAACAACACGGCCCGCUACGUUGACCAGGGUGGAAACAAACGCCCUGGUGCCUUCGCUAUCUACUUAGAGCCCUGGCAUGCCGAUGUCUUUGGCUUCCUUGAUCUUCGCAAGAACCACGGAAAGGAAGAGGUCCGAGCACGUGAUCUUUUCUACGCGCUCUGGAUUCCUGAUCUCUUCAUGAAACGUGUCCAGGAGAAUGGAGAGUGGACACUCUUCUGUCCCAACGAAGCUCCCGGUUUGGCUGACGUGUAUGGUGAUGAGUUUGAGGAGUUAUACCACCGAUAUGAAGCCGAGGGUCGUGGUAGGGAGAAGGUCAGGGCUCAGAAGCUCUGGUAUGCCAUUCUCGAGGCCCAGACUGAAACUGGUAACCCCUACAUGCUUUACAAGGAUGCUUGCAACCGCAAGAGCAACCAGAAGAACUUGGGCACCAUCAAGAGCUCGAAUCUCUGCACUGAGAUUAUCGAGUACACUGCCCCUGACGAGGUCGCCGUGUGCAACCUUGCCUCUCUUGCUCUGCCUGCCUACGUCGACCAUCAGCGUGGCGAGUAUGACUUCAAGAAGCUCCAUGAAGUCACUAAGAUUGUUACCAAGAACUUGAACAAGAUCAUUGAAGUCAACCAUUACCCUGUAGAGGAAGCACGUCGAAGCAACUUCAGGCACAGGCCCGUCGGUCUUGGUGUCCAAGGUCUUGCCGAUGCUUUCCUUGCCCUCCGCAUGCCAUUCGAUUCGCCAGAGGCCAAGAAGCUGAACAUUCAGAUCUUUGAGACCAUUUACCAUGCUGCCCUCGAAUCGUCGUGCGAGAUUGCCAAAGAGCUCGGUCCAUAUGAGACUUACGAAGGGUCUCCCGUCUCUCAGGGAAUUCUUCAGUACGACAUGUGGAAUGUCACACCCUCCGAUCUCUGGGACUGGGACUCUCUAAAGGCAAAGAUUGCCCAGCACGGUGUUCGCAACUCACUGCUUGUUGCUCCUAUGCCCACUGCCUCGACCUCUCAAAUUUUGGGUUACAACGAGUGCUUUGAGCCAUACACCUCCAACAUCUACUCUCGCCGUGUCCUGGCUGGUGAAUUCCAGGUCGUCAACCCCUGGCUUCUCAAGGAUCUCGUGGAUAUGGGCUUGUGGUCCGAUAACAUGAAGAACCGAAUCAUUGCUGAGGGCGGCUCGAUUCAGAGGAUCCCCAACAUUCCUGACGAUAUUAAGGCUCUUUACAAGACCGUGUGGGAGAUCUCUCAGCGUACUAUUGUUCAGAUGGCUGCUGACCGUGGCGCCUUCAUCGAUCAAUCCCAAUCUCUGAACAUCCACAUGAAGGAGCCUACCAUGGGUAAGAUUACAUCCAUGCAUUUCGCUGGCUGGAAGCUCGGUCUCAAGACUGGUCUCUACUACCUACGCACCAUGGCUGCCUCCGCUCCCAUUCAGUUCACAGUCGACCAAGAAGCUCUUAAGGUCGCAGACACAAAUGUUGCUCGUGCGUUGGGAUCUAAGCGAAGGCAGUUGGGUGGAACUAGCUCUCCCUCUCCUUCUGCCUCGGCCGUCCCUGCGCCCAUGUUCGCGUCGAAGACCCCUAACGGUACUUCUGACAACGGUGUGCCCACUCCUACGGCAACUCCUCCUCCCGCCGCUGCUGUGAAAGAUGCUUUCGCACAGAAGCCGUUCAAGGCAGACGUCGAGGAGGGUGACAGCCCAAAGCUCAUCAGCGCUGACCCUGCCGACAAGCCUGUAGAUGACGAAGUCCUUACUAAGCCGGCUGUCAAGCAGGAUGAGGAUGCAGAGGAUGACUCGGCUGCACGAGACGGGGACAUCUACGCUGAUGCUGUUUUGGCCUGCUCGAUAGAAAACAAGGAGGCUUGCAUCAUGUGCAGCGGUUAGACAAGAGCGAUGAUAAGAAUGUCUCUGACAUUGUUGGGAAUAUUUCAUAAGAGGAUGCCAUUGUCUUCAUCAUGUAUGGGAACGGCGUUUGGGCUGGAUGUCUGAUAAUUUGCUUCACACGGAGGAAUGAGACCAUGAGCUUGGAUGGGGGAACGUUAGCAUUAUCAACGUGUUACAUAUUUGGCCUUAAUAUAUACAGCGGGCUAUUAUGCUUAAAUGCAUC